AUGCCUUCGCUGUGGGAUACCAUUGCAUCUUCGCUCGAAUUAUUCUCCACCAUGCCGCAAAGAGCUGCGCUGGAGAAGCCACGGGCCCUGCCAACAAGUGGCUACACCACUGUCGAUGCCGAUACGCUGGUUGAAGAAGAGGAGCUGCCUGAUUAUCAAGCCGACCGAUUUUAUCCUGUUCAACUGGGCGAGCUUUUUCAAGGUCGCUAUCAUUUUGUAGCAAAGCUAGGGUUUGGUUCCUCGUCAACCACUUGGCUGGCCCGAGACCUGAGGGCUCGCCAAUAUGUUGCACUUAAAGUAUAUGUCCAUACCUCGCUUCGUCAUCGGGAGUUGCCUGUUUAUGACCGUAUCAAUAGCCGUAUGGCCGAAAUGUCAUACAAAGGGCGAGGAAUCAACAACAUUCGAAAGCUGCUGGACUCUUUCGAGGUGACUGGUCCGCAUGGCAAGCAUGCUGUUCUCGUCUUCGAGCCCGCGCAAAUGAGUUUGCGUGAUAUGAGAUUUGUUUUUCGUCGAGAAGGGUUCGAGGAGGAAUUUGUCAAGGGCGCCAUUAUUGAGCUUCUCAAGGCUCUGGACUUUUUGCAUUCCCACGGAGAGAUUGUCCAUACUGACGUACACUCCGGAAACAUGCUGCUUGGACUUUACGAUAAUAAUCUCCUGCGUCGACUGGAAGACAAGGAGAUUACCUCCCCUGUUACGCGGAAGAUCUAUCCCGAUCGAACUAUCUAUCUGUCACGGUUAACACUACCGAAGGAAGGACCCAUGCUUCUCUCUGACUUUGGAGAAGCGAGAAUCGGACCGGGCCCUCACGCGGGCGAUAUAAUGCCAUUGGAGUACCGGGCGCCUGAAACACUGCUUUAUGUGGGAUGGAGUUACCCGGUUGAUAUAUGGAGUGUUGGUCUUACAGCAUGGGACAUGCUUGGAUCGAAAAGGCUCUUCACCGCGCGUGACGAAGACGGCGAUCUGUACGAUGCCGCUCAUCUGGCCCAGCUGAUUGCUGCACUGGGCCCACCGCCCCCUGAGUUCCUGGCCAGGAACCCAGAGAGACGGGCGGACUUUUGGAAUGAUCAGAAUGAGUGGCUGGGUCUGGCACCUAUACCGCAUGACCGGACAAUCGAGUCCCUUGAAACCAAACUGGAUGAUAACUCGGGCUUUCUUCGCUUCCUUCGGAAGACUCUUACUUGGGAACCGGAGAAGAGGGCGACGGCUAAGGAGCUUUUGGAGGAUCCUUGGCUCAUGGGGAGGGAGGGUUGAGUGAGUUUGCAAAGUUCCUGCGCUACCUUGAUAUUUUAUAGAAGUAAUUAGUCUACUUAGACGGUCAAGACCAUAAAUCUUGAGAUAUGCUAAUUGGAAUAUACCAAAUGAUUUAUUGCCUAAGACAGGAAACUCUCUGCAAGUAUCGUCCAGGCAUGUUGGAGUCCCAGUCACAAAUAACAACCCACUUUGUCUCUACAGCCUCUGCAGAUACCUGCUAGGUAUAAGUCUGCUAAUGACCAGUGCCACGGAUAUUGUUAGCUCUCGCUUUCGCUUGGAAGGCACGGCUUUCCUCAUCCACUCCGUGCACAUCGAUUAGGUACUGCUUGAAUUCCCGAGUCAUAUUGCAGACCUGCUCAAAGUCUUUCUGGUCCAGCGUGGGCCCAUCAUUCUUGAUUUU